AGUAGAAGGAGAACGUCACGUUUCUCCGAGUAGCUGUGGUGUAUUUAAGCUAUUUAUGCUUCUCUGGCAAUGAUAGGUCAUUUCUGUCAUUGACUUUAUAUUGACUAAUCGUUGUGACAUUUUCUUCUGGACAAAAUGGCAACGCAAGCGGCACGGCUUUUCCGCAAAAUGGAUGGUCUUUUUGCUGUUUACAAACCGCAGGGAGUUCACUGGAAACUUGUUCGUGACACCAUAGAGACAAAUUUACUGAAAGCGCUGAACUCCUCUCCUCCACCAGCUCCUCAGCGUGAAGUGAAGUUUCCACUUCUGCCCAGUGGAGAUAACAGCAGUUCUACAGAUCUCAUACUGUCACCCUCCAUCAUUCUCCCAGCCACUCUGGCAGACCAUCCUCUAGUGACAGGGCCGAAGUUUCACAAUGUUCAUGUUGGAGUUGGUCAUCGCUUGGAUGCUUGUUCCUCUGGAGUAUUAGUUUUAGGUGUGGGGAAAGGAAACGGAGUUCUUGAGCAUCUGUGCAGAUCACACGUAACCAGGGACUACACAGUUGAGGGGGAAUUUGGAAUGGCCACAGACAAUUUCUCUCACACAGGUCGAGUCAUCGAGAAAAACACAUACGACCACGUUACCCAGGAUAAGUUAGAAAGAGUCCUUGCUAUGAUACAGGGAGCCAAUCAAAAAGCUAUAAUUACGUAUUCUCAGGUGGACCUAAGCACUCAGGAGGCCUAUGAGCUUGCAGUGAGGGGUUUGUUGUAUCCUCAUGGUAAAAGCCCUCCCAUUGUGACUGGCCUGCGAUGCAUACAAUUCAAACCACCGCAUUUCACUUUGGUGGUCCAGUGUGUGAACGAGACUCAGAAGUAUCUACGUAAAUUGAUUCAUGAGGUGGGAUUAGAGCUGCGGACUACUGCAGUCUGUUCUGGUGUGCGUCGGACACGAGACGGUCCUUUCAAAGUAGAGAAUACACUCACCCGCCAACACUGGACUGCUGACAACAUCAUACAAGCCAUUUCUCAUUUUCGCAACACUACCCGCAAAAUCAGGAAGUCUGGAACCUGCAUUGGCCAAUCAAACACAAGCACAGAGAUCCAUGAGCAAAUUAUAAGACAAAAUGCACAGUCUUAAGUGAAUAAGCCAGAUGCAUGAUAUACUACAAGUGUACUUCAGAUACAGUUGUGGACAGAGACAUCGGGGACACGGGGUGAAUGCGGAACAAAAACAUUUGAAUUAAUUGGGUCAAAAACUUUAUGGCCUAAAUGGGUUAAUUGGAAUACAUAUGCAUUCUGUAAAAUGUGGUUUUGUCCAUACAAUGUAAAUCAGUGGGGUCCAAAACUUUCAAGCUUCGAAAAGAAUAGAAAGGCAGCAUAAAAGUAAUCCAUACGACAGUAACUUUGGGCAAGAAACAGACCACAAUUAAAGUACUUAUUCAGUAUAAAUCUUGACAACUGGCCCAAUUGGUGCAGAUACAGUGCAGAGUUCAAUACCAUUAUGCUUUGCAUCUGCAUGCUGUUGCAAGGUACUCAAUCCUGUUAUCGUAUGUAUAUCAGUAAGUAUCGUUGAAUUUUCAUUUUCUAGUGUUGAUCAUUUGCCGACCGUGCACUGUGCACGUUACAAGUGUGUGUGAACGGGCUUCUCUCAUGAUGGCACCAAGCAGACUGCCGAUGUCAAGACUUAUAUUUUAAAAGGAUUUUUUUUUUCCGUAUAGCUUCGGAAGACAUGGAUUAAACCACUCGAGUCAUAUGGAUUACUGACAAAAACACAUCACGUAUCCUUUGUGUUCCACAAAAGAAAGUCAUAAAAGUUUGAGAUGGCAUGAUGUUGGGUAAAUGAGAGAAUUAUCAUUACAACAUGGACAUGUUUUCCUAUUCACUGAUCUAAAUUAUUGAUUUGUUGUACUUUAAUUAUUGUCAUUAAAAAUGUGUGAAAAAUUUGUUCUCAACACUUCAAAUACUUCAAAUAAGACAAUUGCCUAAAUUAACUAUUUAUUUUUUUGUACCUUU